ACGAAUUCCGCAUUCUCAUCUUUCAUUCAAAGGUACGCUGCAAAUGAAUCACCAGAUUCAUCAAUAAUGCAUUUCGUUUCUCUUACGUUUUUCUCGAUGAUCGACGUGGAAGAUGGAUUUCUACAUCAUAACGCAUACAGAUAUCUACACCGACCGGCUCUCAUCUUCGCAGCAUGCUUAGUUCUCGUAUCAUUACUCCUUUCCAUUCAUCUUAUAUUCAGCCACCUUAGAUCAUACACUAAACCUGCAGAACAGAAGUGGAUAGUGGCUGUUCUUCUUAUUGUUCCUAUAUAUGCUACAGAGUCGAUUGUUUCCUUGUGGAAUCCAAGGUUGUCUCUUGUAUGUGACAUUUUAAGAAAUUGCUAUGAAGCAUUUGCACUAUAUUCUUUUGGGAGCUACUUGAUUGCAUGUCUCGGUGGCGAGAGAAGGGUGGUAGAGCUGCUUGAAGAUGAAUCAAGAAAAAUGCUAAAUGAAAGAUUGUUAAAAGAGGAAGGUGAAGUACCUAAGAAUCCAAAAGCAUUUUGCAACUUUUUCAGGAGGCCUUGUUUGCUUGGAAAAGACUUGUUAAAUAUAGAAAAAUUUGGUCUUGUUCAAUAUAUGAUUUUGAAGACAUUGUGUGCAUUUCUGGCAUUCAUACUGGAGCUCUUUGAUGUGUAUGGUGAUGGGGAGUUCAAGUGGUAUUACGGGUACCCAUACAUGGCUGUCGUACUGAAUUUCAGCCAGAUGUGGGCAUUAUACUGCCUUGUGCAGUUCUACAAUGUAACACAUGAGACACUAAGACCAAUAAAGCCUCUUGCAAAGUUUAUCAGCUUUAAAGCCAUCGUGUUUGCAACAUGGUGGCAAGGCGUGGGCAUUGCUUUGUUGUGUUCUUUCGGGGUGCUGCCAAAAGAAGAAAAAAUACAGACUGGGCUGCAGGACUUCUUGAUUUGUAUCGAGAUGGCUGUAGCGGCUGUUGCUCACAUAUUUGUGUUUCCGGUGAAGCCAUAUCGUUCAGGCCUCGAACAGCAACAGUCUGAUUACGGAAAGAUCAUCAGCACCAGAGAAACGAUAAAAGCAGCAUCAAAAGAGAAAGAAGGAAAAGGGGCCGUUAUAGAAAAGAAAGAAACAGAGGUGAAGUGCCCGGGGACGAGUGUGAAAGAGAGCAUUCAGGAUAUUGUUGUGGGUGGCGGUCAACAUGUUGUAAAGGAUGUGGUGUUGACCAUAAAUCAGGCAAUUGAGCCUGUGGAGAAAGGGGUGACCAAGAUUCAGGAGACUUUCCAUCAAAGAAAGGUGGCUUCUGACAACAAGAAGGAGGAGACGGCGGUUGAGGAACAUGUGCAGAAGAAGAAGAAGACUGUUGCAUCAGUAGAAGAAGAAGGGAUUAGCGAAUCUUCUUCUUCUUCAUCUGUUGCUGUUAGAAGAGGUAAUGAAGAGGAAAUAGUUAUUAGUAGAAAAGGUCAAAAUACUUAGCCAAUAGAUAUAGUUCAGACUUGGCUAUGGCACUUGGAAUUAACAGCCUUUUUUAUAAUGAAAAAGUAGAUUAUUUUUUUGCCUU